AUGUCGCAGGGGACAGACAUGAAUUCAUCAGCGCUUAAUGCCGCUAAGUCGCAGUUGCGCUCGGUAAUGAAACAACGACUAGCGAAUCUCGCACAGGAUUCCAUCGUAGCCCAGAGCUCAAGAGUCUUUCUCUCCUUAACCAAUUUCAAACCAUAUGUAGACGCGAAACGGAUUGCGGUCUACCUCUCCAUGCCAGGUGGAGAGAUCCGAACGGACCCCAUCGUUAGACAUGCUCUAUCCACAGGCAAGCAGGUAUUCGUGCCUUACUUACACAAGUCUGGUUUACAACCGGACGAUGGGCCGACUAGGCUGAUGGAUAUGGUGAGUCUAAAGGAUAUCGAAGAUUAUGAGUCUUUACAGAGAGAUAAGUGGGGAAUCCCGAGCAUUGAUGCCGCUACGGUCCAUGAAAGAAAACGAAGUGUGGGUGAACUUGAUGGGAAUAGGUCUGAGGAUGUCUCCCUGGACCUGAUCCUUUUGCCUGGCGUUGCCUUCGAUAUCGAUCCGCAAUCUAAGGUUAUCCGAAGAUUAGGUCAUGGCAGAGGCUUUUACGACUAUUUUCUUCAUCGAUACACGUUGGCUGCUUCGCCCGAAGAGAAGACGUCAAAUGGCCGACCAGCUGUAUUACUAUAUGCCCUGGCAUUGAAAGAGCAAUUCCUCUCCCCAUCUUCAGGAGAGUCUGUUCCUGUUGGACCCCAUGAUCAACCGAUAGAUGGUCUGUUUCUCGGAGAUGGCCAAAUCAAAGAGUCUCCGAAUAGCGACGCAAACUAG